AGAGAAUAAAAAUCAAAUUAAGCUUAUUUUGAAAGGCUUAAAAAAAGCAAAAUCAAGUGGAACAGCGUGUGCUAAGUGAAUUAAAUCAAAAAAAAAUAAACAGACGUAAUGGAAAGGUUUUGUGAUGACAAUUUCUAUGAGCUACCAAAACAUCGACCACCAUCAUCUACCCUUUUCUCUCCAAAUAUUUGCCAUUUACGUGGCAUCGUGCUGAGCCCACUCAAUCCGGGUAACAUUUCUAAUUUACAUAAGAAAACGCGAGACAUAAUGCCAGAGUGGGUUGAAGGAUUGAAUUUUCGAUGUGCCUUGAAUUUAGAUGUUCAUAAAACGGUUUGUAUGGAUUGGCUAAUGGGUAAUAGCACGCCAGGUGGUUUUCGAUUUGGUGGCAUGUAUUGUCGAAAGGAUAAUGACAGCAUAACGAAAACACCAAUAAUAGUUGGCGACACAAACCCAUCUACGCUCGCUACGAAUUUCCAUAUUAUCUUUCAUCCACUGCCGCAAAUUAAAUUAGAAACGAAAAUACAGACGGGUAGAUUUCCCAAUAAUUUAGAUCUUGAUGAUACCAUUGGAACGGCUGAAUUUUUAAGCAAAAGCUCUACAAUUUCAUUAGCACUGUACAAUCCGAAACGUGAAACGGGUCGCAUGACAAUUGGUUUUUUGCACAAUUUCAAUAAAAACUUCUGUGCUGGUGCUGAGUUACUGUUUGAAUGGAUGAAAAACAAGCCUCAAUAUAACUUGGCUAUUGCUGCAAGAUACUCAGAAAAGAGGAAUUCAAUAGCUGCAACGAUUUCAAAUAGUGCACUGGACAUUAGUUUAUGGCAUCAGUCAAACGAUUUAUUGCAAUUCGGUGCCUCAUUAAUCAUGGAUAAGCGUACAUCGAGGACGCUUGGAUCGCUCUGCUAUCAAUAUGAAAUGAAAGAUACAGUCAUUAAAGGUUUAAUUGAUUCCGAUUGGACGGUUGGAUGCACAUAUACCAGAAAAUUGAAAAAUUUAGCAUCAGCCGUUGGUUUCAGUAUUUUAUUCUGCAUACCAACAAAUAAAUUUCAUUGUGGCCUAAAAUUUGAAUUAAAUUCUAAUUUAAAAUAGAAAAAGAGCGAAAUAAAUGAUGUAUUGUGG